CAAAAUAAUACAUUUUCAGAACCUCACUUUUCUUAGGUAAGAAUACGAAAAUAUGAGCUGGGAUUGAGUACACACAUCAUCUCCAUCGUCUGUUGCACCUGAAGAUAAAGUAACAUCAGCUGUAGGACAAAGUUAAACAUCUCGACCAGUCUGUACUCUAGAAUCUGCUGGAUGACUCAGGUCUCAUGCUGCCAUUAGACUCAGGCCUUGAGACCUGCCAGUCCUGGCUGAAGCCAUCAACUGGAUGAUCGGUCAGUGAUCUGUCUAUCCUGAUCCACCCAAGCUCCUUCUGAUUAAGAUGAGUUAUUUGAUUUAUGUUUAUCCCAAAUCAUGGCGGGGCCGAUCCUUAAUGAAGAAAUCCACCACACCGGCGUAAUGACUCAUGCAAAUAAUUUAAUCUGAAACCUUAGCCAUUUUUACAUUCCUCCAACUAAAUACAAGCAGCGUGAUCGAGCUAGACCUGCGUAUAAUUUGCCUUUUAUUUGUGAAAGGUCCAUUAGUGGAAGUUGUAGUUGUUUGGAGAAGAAAGGUAAAAAGGUAAAUACAAAUUUAAAAACAAAAACAAGAAUAAAAUUGAAAAAAAGAGGAAAUAAAGAAGAAAGAACAAAACCAUCUACCUGAUGCUCUGAAACAAAAUAAGCAACUGGUUGUUUCUGCGUCACACGCACGACAGGAAGUUAAAGAAAACCCGGAAGUAGAUCGGCAUUUGUUAGCCAAGGCUAAGCUAACGUAAACGCAGACGAAAGAUGACGGACUCUUCGCUUCUCAGCUCUGAGCUGGAGUUACAGCAACAAGAGGAAUUAUAUCAGCAACUGCUGCUACAGACGAUGGGAAAGCUGCAGGCAGAAGCUCCGGAAUCCAAAGUUAUCCGACCUCAACCCGGCAUGUGUGUGAAGACCUUCUCCGAGGCGGACAAAGAGAAGGUCUUCAUCAACAUCUGUCACUCCAGCUCGGUCCCACCUCCACCAGAGCUCAGCCGAGAGGAGCUGACGGCGCUGCUCCAGUCAGAGGAUCCCAGCGGCUACAGAGUUCCCAUGAGCCUCGGAGAGCCUCACCCAGAAGUAGACAACAACAGUCAGGCGUGCACAGCUUAUGACGUUGUCGUCAACCAGGACUUCUUCCACAAGUGUCAGAAGGAUCCUCUGUUCCUGCAGUUCUUGAUUCUGGUUUCUGCUGAGGGUUUGGAGAACAAAUACAGCCUGGAGCUAAGCAGGGACUGGAAGGUGCUGAAGAACAGGAAGUUCCUGGGUUCUGUCAGUGAGCAGAACAUCAGGACAAAGAGCAGGCCAGUGAUCCAAGAGCUUCAGACUCAGAAUAACUCCACGUGCACAGCCAAAAGGCCGGAUUUCACCUUGUUUGUGGAGCCCCGUGGUGGGCAGAUGGAGUACCUCACUGCAGAGAUAAAGCUGCCUGGAGUGGCUUCAUCACACGCUUUGGUUCUGGAUGUCGGAGAGGACCAGCUGGUGUUGAGCGCCCGGCCAAUGCUCUACCAUCUGGACAUCUUCCACCCUUUCCUCAUAGACCAGGAGCAAAGUGAAGCCCAGUUCAACAAGCACACUCAGAUCCUGACUGUCACUAUGCCCGUGCUUUCAUCUGCUUGAAACUUUUGUCCACUUCUUAAUUUUUUCCUUCCAAAUGUUUUUAAAAUCCAUUAAAAAAUAUUCAAAUGAA